AUGGAGAAUGGUAUGCUUACUGGUGCUGCUUUGUUGGACUUUUCAGCUGCUUUCGACCUGAUUGAUCAUAAUUUGCUGCUUCUGAAAUUGAAAUGUUAUAACUUUUCAGAUAAUGCGAUUAACUGGAUCAAGUCGUAUUUAAGUGAGAGAACCUCAACCGUAUAUAUCAAUGGUGCUUUUUCUAAUCCGAUCGAGAUGACUUGUGGGGUGCCACAGGGUAGUUGUCUUGGCCCACUGCUCUUCAGUUUGUUUGUUAAUGAUUUACCAACAGUCUUAACUACAGCUGAUAUCACCUUGUACGCCGAUGAUAGCACUCCGUUCCAAUCUGGACAUAACGCCAGACUCAUAUCAGAUAAACUUCAACUUGACUUAUCUAAAGUUGAAUUAUGGGUCUCGAAGAAUCGUCUUGUUCUUAAUGCUGAUAAAACAAAUAGUAUCCUUAUUGGAAGUCGGCAGAAGAUUAAAUCAGCUCCAUCGCUUAACUUAUGCAUUAAAGAUAAAAUCAUUGAACAACUUCCAUGUGUAAAACUCCUUGGCGUCCAGGUUGACGAGAACUUAAGUUGGAAGCAGCAUUGUGAAGAUCUACUUAAAGAUUGUUCCAAAGCUCUUGGCUUACUGUUCAAGUUCAGCAGAUAUAUUCCAUCAAAAGUUUUAAAGAUUAUCGCUGAGGCACUCAUACUGUCAAAAUUGAACUAUUGUUGUACGGUUUGGGGAUCUGCGCAAAAUCAAGAGUCGAUUAAUAAUUUACAAAAACUUCAGAACAAGGCCGCCAGAUUGAUCCUAGGAUAUAAGGUUGAUGAAAUAUCUAGGGAAAAUCUCCAUGAUGAAAUAGGUUGGUUAACGGUGAGACAAAGGAUUCAUGUCAGAACCUUAGUGGCAUUGCAUAAUGUACUUUAUUCUGGUGAACCAAAUGCAAUUUACGUGAAUUUUAAACCACUUGAAAUUACUCAUGAACACAAUACUAGAUUUUCGUCGAGGUGUCGAAGUGAUAAUAUGUUGUUAGAGAAACCUAUGUUAAAGAAGAAAACCUUUUUAGCUCGGGCUUUUAGGACCAGAGCUAUCCGUCUAUGGAACAAUUUAGACUAUACUAUAAAAAUCAUAUCUUCCAAAUCCAUGUUUAAGUCUGCUGUUCUUAAACAGCUAGACUGGUUCAUAUAA